AUGGUUCUUGAUUGGGAGGAAGAUCCGAGCAAGCCGAACCCUUACGUUUCGCUCAUCACUCAUGCAUCCCAAAAUGACAUCAAGAAUCAGCUUUUGGAAGAGGAGAAGAAAGAGCUUGCGGCCGGUGUCCCACACGUCCAUUCAACUGGACCAACCGCAUUCAUCUCAAUGGGUUUGUUGAUUGAGGAAAAUCAACGGCGCAUCGCAUGGGAUGCGAGGGGACCCGAGGCACUGAUGGUACAUCGAGACAAUGAACUACAACAACGGCGGCUGGUGCUGAUGCAUCAGCUAAAACAGUUCCAUAACUUGCAAGAUGUUUACACCCCUGCAGCCGCCGUCAUGCUUGCUCAAGCAGAGGAAGCUCAGCAGCACCUUCCUGCACCAGCAGCUGUGGCUUCCCUCUGCCCUUCUGGUCAAUCAUCGCAUUCACAACUGCCGGGCAGGUUUGGUCAACAUCGAAACAAGGCUACGGCAAGCACAAUGCCUGGAUGCACUAGAGAAGAUUCGGACUCUUCAACGAGAAACAUUCGAGGUCAAAACCCAAAUACGCGAGCCACAGACACGAUUAGCCAUAUUGAGGACAAGUGCAAGGCACUCGCUGUCAAAUACCAUGCGACACGUCAGGCACUGCUUGAGCUGAUCGGUCCAGGCGAUUGGGAAAGGGAGUUGAAGGAGCUGAAUGAUGGAGACCUAACGACACCUGACGGCACUGAAAUUAGCAUAGAGAUUCCGAACGAUGAGAUUGGACCAGAUGGCUGCCUUUUGUCGAAAAAACGUUUGAACGAUGGUUUGAAUGAGGUGCGACAGGCUGGUAUCCAGCGUGAUAUUCACGCGCGAUUCACUCACCUCUGGGACCAGCCUCUGGUACCCUUUACGCGUGAUGAGGACAGUGGUGAGGGAAGCGCGACGGUCCUCGAUCCGGCCGUCGAGGCAUUCUUCGAGGACGAUGAUUAG